GCCUUACAGAGCUUUAGUGUUUUCCCCAGCUAAGAGGAUCGGAAAGAUUCAUCCUGUGGCUUUGCAUCAUGGAGGGUAGCAGUCAGUCCAGCAGUCAACAGCUUCUGUGGAAGGAUGUUGAGGCUGGAAAAGGGAAGAAGGCGAAGUACCAAACCUACCAGCGAAUUGCUCUGAUUCUCACUCUGGUCUUCCUGGUUUUGGCUCUCUGUGUUUUCAGCCUGAGAUAUCUGUGGGGCCCCAGCCUGGGGAAGGUGUAUGACCACGAGUACAAAGCUGUGGUGGAUGGCGUGGAGACAGACAGUACAAUGGAGAUAGACCCAGUUCACCGCGUUGAAAUCUUUAAGAUGGGAAAUGGGAGUGAGGAGAUUCUCGAGGUCCACGACUUCAAAAAUGGAAUCACUGGGAUCCGGUUUGCUGAACAUCAGAGGUGCUACAUCAGGGCCCAAACUAAGAAACUACCCGCAGUGGCAGAGGUGGAGACUGAAGACACGGAGUUGCUGCAGGUGGAUGAGACUGGGGCCAUGGAUAUGAAGGUGGACGACUCCCAAGUGUGGGUUCCUGCUGAGGAGCCCAUCGUUAACCCGGACUUCCUCCUUGACUCCAAGAUCUGGGAGAUUUGCCAGCAGCUGCCCAUCCACUGGAUCCAUCCUUCCCCCCUGAGCGAUGCUGAGGUUGUAAACGUGGAUACACCCGACGCCGAGGUCACAGGUCAGCGUUUUGCCCGCGACGUCCUGGACCACCUUCCCGUAAACGACUAUAGAGAUGUUGGAAUCGAGCUGGAUAACCGUCUGGAUGAGGGCGGCUACUGCUGCCAGUACUGUCGCCGUGGUUACCGCUUCUGCCGCCGCUACUACGAGCCCCUGGGUGGCUUCAACCCCUGGCCGUACUACUACCAAGGAGGCCGGGUCAUCUGUCAAAUUGUCAUGCCGUGCAACUGGUGGAUCGCCCGCAUGCUCGGGAGGAUCUGAGGCGCCGAGCGUGCUGUCUGGUUUUGAAUCUGUUUACGUUGUAGGUGCAAAUUUUUCCUUUUGAUAAAUAUUCAAGACCACUCGUGACACCAAAGCAGUCUAUUGCAGGCAACUAUUAGGCAGCACUUCUAGUCAG